AUGUGGAGAAGUGAAAGGCAAUUCGGUGCCAUCGUGGCUGGCUUGCACCAUCGAAAAAAGACACCAGCCAGCUGCCACACCUUCAUCGAGAACUGGUCUAAAUUUGUUGACCAGUGCGAAAGGUUGCAAUGUGGAGAAGUGAAAGGCAAUUUGGUGCCAUCACGGCUGGCUUGCACCAUUGAAAAAAGACGCCACGCUGGUGACUAUGCGACAGUGAACGUAACAUCAGGAAUUCAACAAGCAAGGGUUUGGCCAGUGCUAACUGCGGAUGAUUCGUGGAGCGCACGACCCUCACAAAGUACUAGUAUGAACAACGAUAAUUACAACAAUGCCAAUGGAGCCAGAAACCAAAAUCAUGAGAUUCCUCGACACUUUCUCCAACACGCACCGAGGCCUUGGGAGGUCAGAUUUAUGUUGACGGACAGGCAGUUGGAAUUGAUGUAUGUCAUUUGGGCUGCCGCGCGAGGCCGCGUGUGCCAGCAAGUGUAUCAUCUGGAAUUGCCGAUCCCUCCCUAUCCAUUACCUCCGGUCUGGCCAGAUGACAUAUGGGCAAUGGUGAUCCUAUGGGUUGCAAGGGAGCGCCGGAUGUUUGAAAUGGAGAUGAUCGAGCUCAAGUAUAUCCUGGGCCUCAGGGUUUGUGCACGUUAA